AUGAUAUGCUAUGUGGAGACAAAUAGAUACACUAAAACACAUAAAAUUAUUAUAGUAUGCCUGAUGUGCAUCUGGGCACUUUCUAGUAUAAUAGCUACAAAUAAUGAAUGCGCUAGUGGUAGCCUAACAACAGAGAAUAAUGAACAAAUGGACACAUUUCAACUAGCUUCUACAAGUGACACGCACUAUCAGAAGGAUUCACUCGAAUUAAGCACUUCAAACCAAACAAGCAUAAUAAUUACUACAUUCCAUGUAGAUGAUUUUGGAAAUCUAUUUUAUAUAGAUGAUAAAGGAUGCAGGGUUUUUAUGUGCUUAACCAAAGACAUAGUAGUUGAAGGUGACCUCUUGUAUAAUAUAUAUAACGAUGCAUUUGGGAAUCAGAUUCUUAUAGAUAUUAACAUACAUCCUUCUGCCUUUAAUGUUGAAGAUAUAUCUAGUAGAGCACACAGCAGCCAGGAAGAAAGCAUACUUGAUAAUCCAGUCAAAGUAACCACACCAAAGCGCCCGAGAGAUUCUACUUCAACCAGUUCAAACGAUAAUUUAAGUCCCAAGAAAAGAAAAUAUACAAAGAAUAUAAAGGACACAGAUUCUAUUAGUAGAAUUAUCAUAUACAAUAACAAGGAUAAGUACAAAAAUGCCUUUAAUAACCUAGAGACCUAUAAAUCCAAAGCACAAAGCGAUACAACCCGAGAUAAACCCCAUGGGUUUUCAUACUUGUUUACUAAAGGUAGCAUGAAUAAUGAAAAUACAGAAUGUGAAUGUAGCAUUAAGAAGAACUACGAAUAUGAACUGCAAUUCUGGCAAUUUUUGACUAGCUCACACCAUAACUCCUUGGCUGAAAAGAUAAACUGCAUCAAAAACUUAAUGAAUGAGAUGGAAAAAAAAAGAAAUAGUAUUAAGAUAAUUAAUUAUUAUCAUUUCUUUUUGGAGGACUUGAACAAAUACAUAGAAAGUCACAUAAACACAGAGCACAUCCGAGCAAAAUACGACUACACAGACAGCUGUAAGAACAACAUAUGCUCUGUGUCUAAAACAGAGCCAGAGACACUCGGAGAAAUAUACGAAGAAACCCAAACAGAUCUUAAAUGGUGGGCCAACAGUAUGUCUAUUAUCUAUGCAAAAACUGAGGAGAUGAAGAAAGAAUGCCUGAUAGAUGAUGCAGCACUAAAAGAAAAUCUGCAUUUGAUUCUAAAGCUGCCAGAGGUGCUUAGAGACUUGGUUCUGAUAACUCCUGAAAUACUUUUAAAGAUAAGGGAAGAAAUGAAAAACAUCUCUGAUUCAGAAGCUAGCGAGGCUUUAUGCAUUAUAGAGUACUUAUAUUACUUAGUGAACAAUGAUGCAGACAAAAUGAAUAUUGCAUAUAAUGAAGUUAAAGCGCUAUUCGUGGAGAGAGAAUCUAUAGACAUACACUGUACUGUGAUGGUAUAUAGGUGGGCUUAUUAUGCGUUCUGUUGUUUCUACAAAUAUGCGCCAUUUACUUGUGUGGCUGAUGUCAAGAGUGAAGAAGAUAACCCCAAAAACAAAGAAGCUGCAGUUAAAAAUAUUUUUCAGGCCCACUGUCCGUACAUACCGCAGAAUGGAGUCUUCAGACUGCAUGGGAAAAGAGCGAUUGUACCGCCAACUCUCAGAAAAUACAACCUGUAUGAGACUACAAAGAUGGCAGGCCAUAACUCAAUGGUUAUAGAACAACAAAACAAACAAUUUUUAAAUCUAUCACAUCAUCGUUUCAAUGACCACUACCAUGUACAGCUGGUUGAUAACUCCCGCCACACAGUAAAACUUAUUCCUAUUCCAUAUAUUUAUAUUGAAAGGCCUGAUUCUAGUAGGAUAUCUAUACAGCAGAAAAUUUAUCUCAUCCGAGAUAUAGUAGACUACAUAAAAUUUAUACUAAAAUCAACCUAUCCAGAGAAGAGUUCAGAUUUUAAUGUCUACCCAUUUAAGUAUAGAAGAAAGGAAAAAACCUGGACAGUGCUAACUGGGUUCACAAAACGCGAAUAUACACUGAACCUAACAAUAGAUAAAUCUCUAGUUGAAAUCAUUAGUGCUGAUUGCGAUGUAGUCUUCUACUACUUUGAAGAGGAUAUAGCUACAGAUUACUUUGAGUGUGUAGAUUUCCAAAUCUCAGUUGACCCAAAUUCCGAAACACCCCGAAUUCCUUUAUUCCUUACAAACUCUAUGCUGGUAAGUGCUAUAGUUAGCCCGUAUAUAUGGAAAACCCCGGCUAAUACUGCAACUCGAGUUAUUGCUAAAAGUGACCACCCGACUACGAAGGCUAUUAAUUUUAUUCAAAUGAACAACAAUGCAUAUCCAAUCCACCAGAGCUUAUCUUCCGCAUCGCCAAGCAACAAUGAACCUCAACCAAAAAGAAGCUAUAUUAAGUACUACUACAGUGACUUUUUGGUUCGAGAUAUAAAUGACUACAGAUUUUGCACUGCAGAAUGCUUUGGUGCAGGCAUCCUAUCUGAAUUAUCAGAAAACCCCCAUCGGCCAUCUACAGUUUGGUAUACACAGAUAAAGAGAAGCAUACGUGAGUAUACAAACUACUGUUUUAGUAUAAGCUCGGCUAAGAAUAUACAGAACGAUAGUUUGCUGCUGUGCGAAGAAAAAGUGGCCUUGACCUUUCUGGAUAUAUUGCAGCGCGAGAGUUCAUCGGGUGACAAAGUCACAUACGGUCUGUGCAUCUAUCAGAGAUCUUUAGAUGGCAAGGAAGUUGCUAUUCCAAUUAUGUGCGAGAAAAUGCGAAGGCUUUUGAGUGCAAACAUUGAUGGUGAGAUUAAGUCCAAGCAUGCAAAUUGGGAAAGUGACAUUCUUCCUCCGCGCAUCUAUAUUAAACACAUAAAAGAGGAUACUCCUGUUUUUAUCACGGUAAAAGCCUUUAACUAUACACAGGCAAACCUUGGAAUGCACUAUGACAUUAUAGCUGCUCUCUUCUAUAACAAAAAUAAAUCCGCGCCAGCACCAUAG